AUUCUCUGUUAGAAACUAAAAGGCACCCAAGUGAGAGUGUGAAAAAAAGAUGGCAUUUUUAAGAGCAGCUUCUGAAAUUUUAGCGAUCUAUACUAUGGUCUAUGCCAUUUUCUCACCUGCUGUUCUUGAAGCCCAAUCCCUUUCUCUUGCACCUGCUCCUGCUCCUUCCAGCGAUGGUACUUCAAUAGACCAAGGAAUUGCGUAUGUACUGAUGCUUGUGGCGCUGGUGCUCACGUACCUCAUCCACCCUUUUGAUGCGUCUUCCCUUUAG